AUGGAUCUCCCUAAUGCGACGAAUGCAGGAAAUCAAGCUGACUUGAGUGGUACUGGAGCACAUGAUGAAUUGAAGGAAGGCAGCUCGCCCCAACCCAGCUGGGCAGAGCGCGCUUCGAGGGCUGCCAAACUGCCUGUGGCUUCAGAAAAAAAAAAAUCAAGAGAGGGCGAAACUACCUCUUGCAUCCCUCCCACAGCUCCAAAUGCUGCCCUUCCCAAAGCCCCGCCUCCUUCGAUUCCGGCAUUCGCUCGUGCAACAAAGGAGAGGCCUGUCAUUGUGCUGGACGCUGGGGCACUGAUUCGAGUUGAGGCCCUCGACAAGUACCGUCACAAAUGUGCGUUUGUUACAACAAUGGCAGCAGCGCAGGAGGUACGGGAUGCAAUGUCAAGACAGCGCGUAGGCGAGCGGCUGUUGGAUAUUCACACGCUGCAGCCAUCCGCAUCUGACGAGGCAUGGGCAGAAAAAUUCGCAGAUAUGACAGGCGACUUGCCCUUUCUAUCUAAAACAGACUUGGGGCUCAUUGCACUUACCUACAUGCUGCAGAGGGCUACGGGACAGACGGAACGCCUGAAAAUACGACCUCCCGCACUUGAAUUCUUCAGCGAGGCAGAGCUGCAACACUCCCUUGAAAGCAACGGGGAUUCGACGCAUGUGUGGACGCUCCAGCGGGGAUGCGUGUCGGCUACCUCUCCUGCAAGAACGCCACCGUCUGUAGAUGCCUCUUCUCUGGAGGAUUCUACUAGAACUCUGGAAGGCGAGACGCCAGAGAGCGAAAGUGCAUACAAAUCAAAUUCGACGGCGGAAGACGACAUGGACAUGGAAGAGGGAUGGGUUACUGAAGAAGUGCUAAGGGACCACUUGGGACUUGUAGCAUUAGACGAUUGCCCUGAUGGAGUGGAAGGCAGAGAAGGGGGUGAACAAGGCGAUGCUGAAGCUCUCUCAAAGGCUUUUAACGGCCUCGAACUGGCGGCACACCUUCAGGAGGUCGAAGAUCUUGUGUGCUGCAUGACAACAGAUUUUUCAAUGCAAAAUGUCCUGCUGCAAAUGGGACUAGGGGUCUUGUCUGCAGACGGACGAACGAUCCGAACUGUUAAAUUAUGGGCCCUCUUGUGCAGGGCCUGUGGGCACCUUGACCGGAAGACAAAGCUGUUGUUUUGCUCCAAGUGCGGGCACUACACGCUGGAAAGGGCGCCUCUGUAUUUCGACCAGAAGUCUAGAAAAGUAUAUGUUUUUGACGGAAGGAAGCGCUUUUCCAAAAGGGGCCAGGUCUACUCCAUACCAAAGGAAACAGGGGGCAAGCACUCUCGUCCAAUCAUCUUGGCAGCCGAUCAGCUGUUAAUGGGAGGAGUAGAUAGGGAACUUCGGCACAAAGAGAAGAUUUGGAAAAAAGACGUCGAAUCCAAGAACCCGUUUUCACCGAACUAUUGCCUAGAAGCGCAAAGUUGGCAUCUUCGCGCAUUUACUGCAUCUGGUAGAGCUGCUGCCUCUGCUCCCCCAAAAGUCAUCGUUGGUCUCGGACCCGGCAAUCCCAAUUCCAAUCGAUGGAUGAAAAACCGCAACAGACAACGGAAAUAG